GUUGUGGUCCCGCGCAUGCGCAGAGACCCUUCUCUCUUUGCCCUUCCUCCUCGAGCACCGGGGUCUUCGUCACUGGCCUGCACUGUUCAGCCCCUUGUGGGUUCCCAUGGGAUUAGCAUUGCACUUUUCUGUUUUGUGACCCUCCUGCUGUCCCCGAACAUGUAUGCCUGUGCAAAAUUCGUCUCUGCUCCUGCCCUAGUGAGGAACAGCUCGAGGCUGCUGUGCAGACCAGUCUCUGCCUCCCUGCUGAGCAGGCCGGAGACCAGGACAGAUGAGCUCGGCUCCACCCCAGUGCCCCAGAAUGCCCUCCUCCAAGCCUUGCGCCGGGAGCUCCACACCAGCUCCAUCUCCCGGGACAUUGACACUGCGGCGAAGUUCAUCGGUGCCGGUGCUGCCACAGUUGGGGUAGCCGGCUCUGGUGCUGGCAUUGGAACCGUAUUUGGCAGCCUCAUUAUUGGCUAUGCCAGAAACCCUUCCCUGAAACAGCAGCUGUUCUCCUACGCCAUCCUGGGCUUUGCACUCUCCGAGGCCAUGGGGCUCUUCUGCCUGAUGGUGGCUUUCCUCAUCCUCUUCGCCAUGUGAUGGAGCCAGCUUCCUGCUGUGUGUUCCUCCUGUGUCUAGUCUAUUGUGAGCGGUUGUGAAUGUCCUAAUGCAGGUGGGGGUAUCCCUGCCUCCUAACCAAAUCUGUCUGGCCCAGCCCUGAUUGAGGGAAGGUGAAUAAAUACUGUAUUGAAAUACAGAA